AUGGUGAAAACAAAGAACUCUAAUAAAGAAUUGGUACUUGUAGUAGAUACUAUGAAACCAUUGCAAGUUAUUUUGCCUCCAGAUAGGAUGAGAAUGAAGAAGACACCACGGAAAAAAAAAGCAGUACAGAGUCCAAAAAAGAUAGCAGAAAAAGAUGAAGUUAAACAGCCUGCCUCUCGAAAGAGAACAAGAACAAUAGAAGAUGAAGCAGAAAAAGAUGAAGUUAAACAGCCUGCCUCUCGAAAGAGAACAAGAACUAUAGAAGAUGAAGAAGAUGAAGUUAAACAGAGUCCAACAAAGCGAAUGACAAGAUCUGUCACACAACAAGAGAGAGAUUCUCAUAAAAUGGACAAGAAAGAGAAGAAGAAUGACAAGAAAAAGGGACUUAGCCCUGUUAAACAGAAGAAAAACGACAAUAAAGAGAAGGACAAAAAGAAGAAUAUACAAGAAGAAGAAGUAGAGGAUGAGGACGAGGAAAAGGAAGAAGAAGAAGAAGAACAAGUUCACAAGCCAACGAAAAAGGAAGCCAAUCAAAAAACUAGGUGUAGUCCAAAGACGCGUGGUAAGAAACAGAAGCAAGUGGCAAAAAGGACAGCAGUGAAGACGCAAAAGAAAAAGGGGAAGAAAAAGGUCAAGAAAGAGGUCAAGGAAGAGGUUAAACCUAAGCCUAAACAAAUUCAGUACAGGUCGAGUUUUCAAAGUUUUGUGAAACUCUUGAAGGACAUAAAGUUCACAACGCUCCAGAAAGAGAAGAUAAGAAAAACGCAAUUUGCUAAUCUUAUAUUUGCUCUGGUUGAUGAGAGCUUGACUGAGGCGUACCUGAGGAAAAGCGACCUGCAUGCUCUUUCGCUGAUAAGACGAUAUGAGGGAUCGGGAGGGAGGUUCAACCUAGGAACUAAAUCAGUCAAGAUAACAGCACAAGAGUUUGCACUUGUAUUCGGCAUCCCGUAUGGGCCCAACCGAAUUAAACCAACAACAAAACCGAGGAUGCCAGAAACAAGGUUUGCUAAUGAAAUCUGUGUUCGAGGAGGUAGGAUAAUGACGAAUUCAAGUCUGAAAGAAUACUUUCAAAAAGCUGUGAAGACAAAGGAUGAAGAAAGUGCAAACGACGUAGCACGUGUGCUAACACUGUAUCUUAUCUCGACAGUGUUUCUCCCAAGCACAGCUUCAAGGGUGAGCUGAAAUUUAAUCGAGUUCAUUGAAGACUUGGAUAAGAUCAGCUCCUAUGACUGGGCAACAUUCUUUACGGAUGAGCUCAUAAGGCAACUGAACGACAAUAUGGAAACACCGGCAUCAACCGGGGGCUGCAUAUCAGGG